GCGUCUCUGCGCGCUCGCCAUCCCCCCAGUCGCGACAUCCUUCCACCCCAAGCGUCCCAAUCACCUCCCCCGCGCAACACUCUAUCCGAUCGCUCAUUUGAACGCGCGACCGAGAGGGCUUCCCACGCGGACCGACACAGCGAGCCGGGUCUGUGCCAUCAGUGGCGCAUCUGGGGUAAUACUUGAGGCUGCGCCGCCUCCAGAUCGCGUACAUUAAGCUCAUCUCUGUACUCCCAGGCAUCGCGUACCUGAGAGACACGCAGACAUGACCGACUACGCGCAGUAUCAACAGCCCCACCACGGGCACGCGCCCGCCCACAUGCAAAACUACGGAGGAGCCCAAAACCCCGCCGCGGGGAACUCGUCGAUAACGUCUCCCACACAACAACAGAUGCAUUCGUACCAGCAAACAUCCCCAAUUCUCCCCUCGCAGGGCUACUCGCAAGCCGGCGCGCCGAAUCCCCAACACCAUCAACCGAUAAGCUAUGCGCAGCAAGGGUAUAUGCCGGGCAUGCAUCAGCAGUACGGCAUGUCACCAACACAGGCAGCGGCCAUGGCGACUGCGGCAGCUGCCGGCCCGGCUGGUUAUUAUGACCAAAUGGCAGGCCAAGGUCAACUUGCGCAGGAUCCACGCGCCUCUCCACGUAUGUCGGGAGGGCAGAUGCAAAAAGACGGACGUGUUCCUCCGCGCUCCCCGACGGCUGUCUCCAAUCCCAUGAGUGCGGGCGCCCUUCCCUCUCAAGUACAGAUGGCGCCUGGCCAGGCGAUUCAGCAGCGACGGAUGAGCACCCAGAUCAACAGCCCCGCAAUGCAGCAGCCGCAGCCCGUCAUGAACCAUGCCGCGCGGCCCUCGGUACCUCCACAGAUGGCUCCUCAAGCUCCACACCAACAAUCUCCUGAGCUCGUUGCCGGAGCGCAGGCAGAGGAGGCACCUCUCUACGUCAAUGCCAAACAAUUUCAUCGAAUUUUGAAAAGACGACUGGCGCGCCAGAAGCUCGAGGAUGCCCUGCGACUCACAUCUAAGGGGCGGAAGCCGUACCUGCACGAGUCCAGGCACAACCACGCCAUGAGGCGUCCCCGUGGCCCCGGUGGGCGCUUCUUGACGGCUGAAGAAGUCGCGCAGAUGGAAGCCAAAAAUACUGGAGGUGCCGAGGGAGGGGAAGACGGCAAUAAGGAGAACGCACACACGCCUGCAAAAGCGUCCAUGGCGCAGCCCAGCUCCGGCACGAAACGGAAAGCGUCAACAGCUCAGCUGAAGGGGACGCCAUCUAACAAGAAGAACAAGUCCGGCGCGCCUGUGCGACCCAGCACGAGCGAAGAGGAUGACGAAGAAGACGAGGACGACGCUGACGAUGAUGGUUGAGCGACACGCCGACCUGCGCCUUCCUGGUUCGGAUCGAUUCAGCUUGUAGGCCUUUUUAAUCUUCUUCAUAUUUUCUUCCACAUCCCCUUUUAUUUCAUGAGUUUACGAAGCGAGUGCUUUUUGGGUCUCUGGUCUGUUUCUGCAUGUUACCCCUUGUUGUUCUCUAUGCAUACAACAACCCACAACAAAUUGAAAUACUAUGUCAUCAUUAGCGAUGGGCACGGAUGGGGGCCGGGUCAUACACAUGGAUGGUCGG